AUGUCGGAAAACUCUCUUGUCGAUGCUGGAUUACCCAACGAUCCUAACGUGGCACAACAACAAGGCUCAGGUUCUGCAGCUAAUGUGUCGAGCGGUGGAUUUAAACGCGAACGUGGAAUUGAUGAUGACGAAGAUGACGAAGACGGAGGAAAGCAAGGCCGUGAACGCCGAAAGAUCGAAAUCAAGUUCAUUCAAGACAAGUCAAGACGUCACAUCACAUUUUCCAAACGUAAGGCCGGUAUCAUGAAAAAGGCCUAUGAAUUAUCUGUUUUGACUGGAACUCAAGUACUAUUGUUGGUAGUGUCUGAAACUGGUCUUGUAUAUACGUUUACCACUCCCAAACUACAACCUUUGGUGACCAAACCCGAGGGCAAGAACUUGAUUCAAGCUUGUUUGAAUGCUCCUGAAGACCCUCAACAGAAUGGUCAACAACAACAGCAACAAGCUGCUCAACAGGCCGCUGCUCAGCAAGUAGCAGCUCAACAAGUCCAGCAACAGCAACAACAACCACAACAGCUACCGCCUCAUCAACAACAACAAUUGAACGACCCUGCCAGCUUAGGCGGUUUGGCUCCCCAUGCCCAAGGCGGUUUAGACGACCACUCUCACUUGGCUGGUCGUGGCGGUGUCCCCGGCCAAGCUGGCGGUUUGGCAGCUGCUGGCGGCAUGUACAUGUCACCAGAACAAGCUGCCGCGUAUAACCAAUAUUUAGGACUCCCUCAUCAACAACAAACACAAAGGGGAUACUUGCCACAGCACCCCCAUUUGCAGUCUCGACCACAGUAA